UCUCUCGUGUCUCUCCCUCCCGUUGCUCUCUCCGAUCCACAGCUUCCUCCCAUUCUCUCUCUCUCCUCAGCCGCAUCUCUCUCACCUCAGUCGCCGCCGAGGAUCUCGGCCACCGCUGCUGCCAUCCCGCAGGCUGCCGUCGCUGCCGCCAUCUCGCGGGCUACCGCCGCCGCCGCACACAUCUCGCGCGCUACUACCGCCGAAGUCACGAUCACCUCGGCCGCCGUCGCCGCCGCACUAACCUCGGCCGCCAUUUUCUUGCCUCGAUCUUGUCUCGCCCCUCUCACCCCUCGUCUUGCGAUGUCCGGAGAAGGGCAGCCCCAUUUCCCUCCUCCAACAGGCAAUGAUCUAAAAAAACAAACACGAGCAAAAUGGACGGAUGUGCAUAGAGCCCAUUUAGUUGAACUUUUACAAGAACAUAAUAAAGAUAAAUGGAGAGGUCAAAAUGGAUGGACUAAAGAGGCAUGGCGUAGUAUACAUAAGGCAAUGAGUAUUAAAUUUCCCCAUUCCAAUUAUACAGUAGAACAAGUGAAAGAUCAAGAGCAACAAUUGAAAAAGCAAUUUAAAGCUGUGAAAAGCUUAGUAGAGAUGAGUGGCUUCGGUUGGGACGGAGAUAAAAAAAUGGUUUCUGCUCCAUCAGAAGUUUGGGAACCGUUGAUUAAUACUAACAAAGAACUUAGGAAAUGGCACAACAAGCCCUUUCCAUGGUAUGAAGCACUAUAUGAUAUUUAUGAAGGCACAUAUGCAGAAGGUAAACGUGCUCGUGGAUGUGAGUAUUAUAGUAAUUUCUCUAGAGGUUCAUCAUCGGCCUCCCAUAUCGAUCUGUCAUCACAACCGGAGUCUCCAUUAGCCACAAUUCCGGAAAUUCAGAUUACACAAUUGUAA